GUCGACCAAACUAUUGUAAUUUCACACUAACCAGGCGUCAGACAUCAUCAUUCAAGUAGCAUAGCAUCAAAACAGCACGGACGGCUACGAGCUGUCACUUAAUUCCCUCGGUGGUCUUCACAGCUACAAUCUAAAGAUUUGACGCCACUAUCAAAACGGCAGUUGAGCAAAGAAACAAGUCCUUUAAGCAAUCAAUUGAAGGGCAAAAAGCCCAUAAAAAAACAACGCGACGAAAACCAUGCCCACGAGAGCUCCCCUCUCAUCAGACUUCCCUCCCUCCCUCACAGUGACCAUCACUCCUCCCCCACCAUCGUCAUCGUCCCCAUCCCCAAACAUCCUCCUCCUACUCCACGGACUAGGCGACACCGCUACAUCCUUCACCUCCUUCGGCCGCGCCCUCAAUCUCCCCGAAACAACCAUCCUCACCCUCCAAGCACCAACAAAACUACCAUUCGACCUCCCCGGCUUCCAUUGGGGUGACGAUGUGUCCUUCGACUCCACCACCGGCGGUCUCGACAUGGACGCGGGAUUCAACCGCGCCGUGAAACUCAUCCUCGACGACGUCAUCCAUAACAUCCUCAUUCAAAAAUGCGGCUACCGUCCCCGCGAAAUCAUGAUCCUCGGCUUCGGCCAGGGCGGAAUGGCCGGUCUCGUCGCCGCGCGAGAACUAAGCAAGACGACAUCCUCAACAGGAACAGAUAAAGAACUCUCAGGAAUCAUAUCCAUUGGCGCGCCCUACCCCCUCUCAGGUAGCACGAUGGGAUCCAAGAGUCGAACGCCCGUCCUCCUCGUCGCUGGCCGCGACUCACCCGUCGUGACGGACACUGCGGUGCAACGGACCAAAAACGUCUUCGAAUUUGUGGAACUUCAUCGCUAUGCUAGGAAAGGUGAUGGCAUGCCUCGUAGUCGGGAGGAGAUGAUGCCUAUUAUGCAGUUCUUCGCGAGACGGUUGAGAAGUCGACAGGGCGUGCCGGAGGAUGCGGUUGAGAUUACUUAAUUGAAUCAUCCUUUUAAGUGUGGAGCCGACGAGCAAAUCCAUGAUGUGACGGUUAUUAUAUGCAUUGUUGGUUGAUAGGGAUGCGAUAUGCAGGGCUU